AUGGCUAGAAAUUUUGAUGAUAUGUUUAAUGAGGUUGUGUAUGGCAAAAGAAAACAGCAAGAUAACACACUCAUAGAUAAUUGGAUCGCUGAGUGUUUACUCGAAGAUUCAGAAGAAGAAGAUAUCGAUAGAAGCUCUAUCCCAACUCCUCGUAGAUGGAUCAACAGAGAUCGAGAAGCAGGACAUGAUCGCCUUUUCCAAGAUUACUUUGCAGAUGAACCGAAGGUUGAUGCAACUGGAAGAAGAGGCUUGUCACAACUCCAAAAAUGUACCACUGCGAUACGGAUGUUAGCAUAUGGCGUAGCAGCUGAUGCUGUUGAUGAUUAUGUGCGCAUAGACGAGAGCACUACAAUUGAAUGCUUGGAAAAAUUUGUUGAAGGUGUCAUUUCGGUGUCCGAGGAUGAAUACUUGCGAAAACCAAAUCCAAAUGACGUACGCCUCCUACUACAAAUGGCGGAGGGUCGUGGCUUUCCUGGCAUGUUGGAUCGUUUUCCAAUGUUCGAUGAUAUUCUAAAUAACCGUGCUCCGGAGGUAAAUUAUACUAUUAAUAGUAAUAAUUAUACUAUGAGAUACUAUCUAGCAGACGGUAUUUAUCCUGAAUGGGCCACAUUUGUCAAAUCAAUCUCAAAGCCACAAGGGGAGAAACACAAGUUAUUUGUACAAUACCAAGAAGGGCAAAGAAAAGAUGUGGAGCGAGCAUUCGGUGUGUUGCAAGCACGCUUUGCAAUUAUACGUGGUCCAACUCAGUUUUGGGAAAAGAAGAAGCUUGCCAACAUAAUGAGAGCUUGUAUUAAAUUACAUAAUAUGAUUGUUGAGGAUGAAAGAGACACUUAUGCAGGAAAAUUUGCUCAAGACUUAGAGUAUGAUGAUGUCGAAAAUGGCUUAUCACAACCUCAGCUGGGAGAAGAAGAUUUUGCACCAUACCAUUAA